AUGGCCGGUAACGCUGCGCUGGGCAUUAGUGACAGUAGCAUGGGAGACUACCUAGCCGGAAUUUGGAGCAAACAUGUCGUAUCUGAGCUCGCUUGGGGCCGAAUGUUUUCACCUUUGAUAUCAGUUACUGAAUAUGUCGCUCCUACUUGGAGUUGGGCUAGCGUGAAUGUCCCUAUGGCUAUAGAUGAUGUUCGUGAGGGCCUUGCUUCGGAUUUAGCGUGGGCUCAAAAGUAUCGUCCUGAGCUUGUCUCGCACCGCAUUCUUGAUGCAGACCAUUCAAACCCAUACGGAAAUGUAUUAUCCGGAUAA